GUAUGGACGACUAGGAAGAGUCGCCAUUUUAGAACUAUGAGGAUGAAUUCAAAUAGGGAUGCUGAUGGUCAAGGCUGUCCAUUCUGUCGCUGUGAGAUCCGAGGAACCGAACCGAUCAUCAUAGAUCCGUACCAUCCGGACCGGACCAAGUCAGUUCGGAAGAAAUCGGAGGUGGAGAAAGAGGAGGUUAAGACGGCAGAUGGUGAUGAUGAAUUAGAUAUGCCAACGAACCAUGCCCCUUCCCUUCCAACCCACCCCCCUACUCCACCAGUACCCUCCCAUACCCCUACUCCGCCCGUACCCAGCGAGCCCGUCUAUGCCGCCCCCAAGAAGAAGAAUCAGCAACCCCCGUUACCCAGCAUCCCUGGUCUCCCUCCACGGCCAUCCCCCUUCUCCUCGCCGUCGCAUUCCCCGAACAUCUCGCCACGGUCUUCGGUCCAGUACGGGGGUGCGAGCAACGGGACCGACCCACUGUCACCGACGCCCCUUCUACCGCCCAGGAGGUACCUCGAUGGGAGCACGGAAGAAGCAAGGCAAGAAGAGCCAGAGGGAUCGUAUCAAAAUACUGCUCCUCUCAAUCAGCCAGUAUUUGAUCCAUCAGGUCCCCUUCCUCCAUCCCAUUCCACUGGUUCAUCACAUGACUCAGGGUGUGUCACAGCGCCCUCUACGCCUUACAUCAGCGCCGAAGACCCCGCUAGUCUUCUCUACAACGCCGAGGCCAUGGAGCGUCUCCGGCAACAUGCCGCCACCGCCUCCAACCGCCCCGGCAAUCCCUUCCGACGCUCCAUCAGCGAGACCACGGAUGCCAACGCCGCCAUGAUGUUCUCGAACCUCGCCGUGGGCGGUACCACGGAAGGUGCCACCGGCUCAAUCGGUGAUUUUCACAUAGAUUCUUUUCUGAGCUCACUUUCCGGUGCCUCCACCGCCACCACGGGGGAUCACUCCAACACUCCUAUAUACCAAAACCAACCCAAUCUUCUCAACAAUGACUCCUCCCACUCCUCCCCUUCAUCUUCUAACCUGGAUCUUUCUCAGUUUUCUCAAGCUUUGCCUCCCAUAUCGACACAACCCUUUGGCGCUGGCCCCAUUGGAGGGCAGGUCAAGGGUCACGGGUUAUCACCUCUUAUCAUGCACUCUGGUCACGCUGGUUGUCACGGUGAUGGGGACACUGAUCAGGAAACGAUCUACUUGAACAUCACACCUCAAGCUUCUUCCAGCUCACAUGAUGAUGAUCAAGUGCAGUAUAACUGGCCGCCGCCUCCCCGGAAUAUGAAUGACCCUCCUCCAUUACCCCCUCCCCAUUCACACCAUCACAAUCAACAACAGCCUCAUCAGGCACAAUCAAAAGUCUUGAGAGAAGCACCGGCAGGUUAUGAACUUCCACCUUCAUCACCUGUGACCCAGCAGCAGAAUCCAUUAUUUCCAAAGGGUAUAACCUACAAUGCCAGUGCAGUAUCUAGUGGUUCAGCCUCUCCCUCAAUCGGUAGAACAUCCCCACAGACUUCCCCUCCCGCGCCCCAGGCUGCUCAAGCCCCCGCCGUUCCUCCCCCUCCCCUUCCAGCCCAGCCCCAUCCUCACCAGCCCGCCCCUCCCCCUCUCCCACAAUCAAACACCCCCCGGUCCAUGCCCCGACCCCCGCUACCGCCUGGAGUCGGGGCGGUCACCAGCGUAGGCAGUAUGGAGGCCAUAAUCAGAACCCUGAUACAAGAAGGUUUCCAGCGGGAGGAAGUCGUCAAGGCUCUGGAUAUCACCAAAAAUAACGUGCCAAUGGCAAGGAGGAUACUUAAAGAAAUUGCAGCAGCACAAUAACAAUCCAAUAUUUUUUAAGCAAAUUACUUUAUCGUUUCUGUACCAAUGCCACUCCCCCCCCCCCCUCUGAAAGUAAAACAGUAAUAGGAAUGUGUUACAGAUAAUAUGUAUGAGUAAUUUUAGUCAACUUGAAACUGUUCACGUUUCAAAAAUUUUUAAAAUCAUAUUCCAAAAUAGAAACAUGGGUGUGUUUAAAUAUGUAUGAGUAGUUUUAGUCUUUGUUUCAAACUGUUCAUGUUCCAAAAUUCUUGUUAAAACCAUCCUAACACAAAACUAAGUUUUGUUACGGAUAUGUUCUUUAUGAGUACAUGUACAUGUCGUUAUUCACUGUUCCAGCUGUUCAUGUACCAGAACUUGAGAAAAGUCAGCAAAUAAGCAAUGGUUUAUAUUGGUUCCAUGUUUCAAACAGGUCACUCUUCUUUGUUUCAAAGUAAUAAUGUACUAGAACGCUAACACUAAUUAACCAUACGGCUGCCCAUUAGAGUAUUGCCAAUUUGUAUAAUGACUUUCAAAGUUCUCCAGUAUAUAUGAAUUAUCAGAUUUCCUCCAUUUUAUGGUAUAUAUUUACUGCUAUUGAGGGCAAAUUGUCUAUUUGUAGUCUUGCCUUUUCAAUGCAUUCACAUUUAUCCUUGGGCAUAUCAUAUGUAGUAUUGUAGUUACUACCACUUCAUACAAACCAUGUAGCUUCUCUGUGUAUCGGAACAUUGCUGAAUCUAUUAUUCUUUUGAACAAAGUAUCAUCUCAGAGUGUUUAAUAGUGAUUGAAAAUACAACUUGUUUAUCAUACGGAAAACAUAAUUUACUGAGUCACAUUUUUAACACUUUCAAAAGUUCAUGAUCAAAACUUUUCUUUCACUAUGUAUUUUUAAGAACUAUUCAUUCUUUCACUAUUGAAAUUUAUGAUAUUCAUAACCUUCUGAAUAGUAAGAUAUAUGAACUUUGGUCAAUGCUUUAAUGAAAUCGCAAUUAGUACAUAUUGCCACAAGCUAAAACUUGUGUCGAAUAACACGAAGCUUUGCGAUUAAUUGCAAGACUGAUUUUCUUUGUUUUUUAGAUUGAUUGAAUUGCUGACUAUGAACAGUCAAUCAUAAAAAUUAAGUCCUACAACUAAUUGAUAAUCUUUGUGUUAUUGAGCACAGAAAAUACAAAAAAGGCUCAAGAAUUAUGCCUGUACAUAUAUAUAAGCUAUGUGCUCUGAAACAGUAAUAUGUUUAUCAUUUCAAGAUUGAUAAAAAGAAGUUGAGAUUGAUUGAAUCAGUUGCAAUUCUUUAUAAGUCACGGACUGAGUAAAGGCUCCCAGGUUUUGGGACGCUUUCUUACAAACAGUUGUGAUGUCAUGAAAUGCUUGGGGCUUGAGCAAUUGUCAAUGGAGUAUAUGUCUUCACAUCCUCCUCUGAUGAAGCAUUCGUCUUAUCAACCAGACUUUACUUUUUUGCUUGAUCAAAAGUCGAGCCAUUGCAUAACAUUCAGGAGCUGGACUCUUGAUUCGACAAAAGCCAAAAAUGAUAAAAAAGCAAUCUUCCAAAGUAAUGGUCACUGAAGCAUGUAUUAUACAUAUAUAAAUCAUUAUUUUACUUCCAUUAAUAUAUUUAAUUUGACUCUUUUUAUACAAUUGCACAAUGAUGAUUUGUUUUCUUUUGAAACUGAAUUAAUAGAAUGAUGUUACACUUCAUUCUUAACAAUAUUUGUAAAUUUGACAACUUAAAAAAAAAUGUUUAUGUUUACAUUACUAAAAGAAUUAAGCUUGAAUUUCUUUCACAUAUUAUGUAAAUUCUACAGAAAAUACUAAAUCAUUUUGAGUAUUGAAAUAUGCCAAGAUAAAAUAUAGUUCCUGAUUGGCUCUGUAAAGAAAGUUGAAUUGUUUUUAAAGCUUAGUAUAUGAGAAUAUACUUUUUAUCAACUCAAACAUGAUAAUCAUUUUUUAAAGAAUUAAACUUUGGCUGUACAUUAUUUUGAUAUCAAAGACAGAGAGAAAGUAUAUUAUAUAUACAUCAUUUUAAUUUUUAAUUUGCAUUUAUAAAUCAUCAUUCGGGAAAAGUUUUUGUUAUAACUAGUUCCUUUUAAAAUAGGAUACAUCUCUCACUUUUAUUUGGCUGAAGUUUGUCUAUAUAGUAUGAAUAUUAUCCAUGUACUGCGUGAAAUAUUGAUUGAAGAAAUAGGGACAUUGCUUUUAAUUACUGAAUAUUCCAUUUAUAUUUGUAUUUUAUAAAUUUUGAUGCAUUGUUUAUCUACUGAUAUGAUUGAGUAUUCAAUUUGAUAGAAUUGUAUACAAUAAGCUUAAUGCCUUUUUAAAGAUACCAAAUAUGUUUCUGAUUGAAAUUCAGUAAUUAAUAUCACAUCCUUAAUAUGCAGAUUGGUACCUAUUAAAAAAGAAAGAAAAAAGCUGUGGAUUUGCCAGUCGAACCAAGGCUCUUAAGUAACUUUUUUUCUUGGUGGCCCUAUCUCCCCACUAAAAUCAUCAAUUUUAUAUUUUUGGUGGCCCGCAAAGCAAAUUUGGUGGCCCUAUAACAAUUGAAAACAUUACAAUUUAUCAAAACCUUAGUAGUUGGCCGGGCCACCAAGUGUGGGCUUUUACAGAAUUUUGGUGGCCCAACUCUCAUUUUUGGUUGCCCCGGGCCAAUGCUAAUGUCGAGCCCUGGUUGAACCUAUGAAACCGAAUCCAGAUCGACCAAAUUUCUUAUGUUACUUCCAACAAUAUACCAUCGGUCAGUUUGGAGCCAGUUUUGUUAGAGUGAUUGUAGCAUUAACAAAAUUUUUUUUAAGUGUGGGCCCUUUUUCAUAAAGACUUAUAACUAUUGUAACUACCAUGGAAACGUUGAUUGUGAUUGGCUGCUGAGCCCUGUUACCAUGUUAGUUGCCAUGAUGGCCGAGUUUCAGGGCCCUGUCUUACAGUUAAUGAUUGAUCCAAUCAAUCGUAACUAUGGAAAUCCGUCAGCGUCGUAAUAUAUUCUACAGGAAAUUUGCGAAAUGUCCUUUGUAAACACAGGCAAACACACCAAAUUAUCGAGAAAACAAUGAAUUUAUGAAUAUACAUUAUAUCUAGAAAACAUUUUUAACUAUCAUGUAUUUUAGAUGUUGACCUUGCUGGCUUUCCAUAAUUGAGAUUGAUCGGAUCGAUUGCAACUCUUUGUAAGACGGGAGCCCAGGUGUUUUCUCUUAGUUUUUUUUCUUAUGAUUGAAAAUAACGGAUUUAGAGAACCUAUUGAAACCCAGCUCUUCAUUAGGCACUCAAUUUGUAAUUAACAGAAAAAUAUGAAAAGAUUGUUAGGUCAGAAUAUGUUACUCUUAACAGUCAAAAGUAUUAUAACAGAAAACAUUACAUGCAUACAAAUUAUUGGAACGGUAUUAAGCAUCUCUAAUGGGCCAUUCCUUGCGAUCAAUUGCAGUUUAAAUCACAAAAUAGAUUGAAAUGUGUGCAUUUCAUUGCAAAUUUGCAACUGAUUUAUAGUUUUAUUGACCUAUCACUUGUAAAUUUACAUCUGGCAUUGUGAUUGAUCGCAAAUACUUUCUUGCAACUCCCCCUAAGGACUGAAUAUUAGGAUUAUUAUUAUUGCAGCUUCAUUUAUAUAGAUGAAGAUAUCCUUUAACCCAAUGAAUACUGGAAUUGGUUGUCCUGUUAAAGUCUAUAACCCUGUUCUCAUUAUCGCCCUAAAACUAGUUUAGUGGAAACUAGACUUAGUAGUUUAGUAGAAACUAGUUAAUCGUGUAAUGUGAACGGUCGAAGCAGUCUUGGAAGUGGUCUUCCAAACUGGCAGUUCGAAAAACCACCUCGCGAUGUAGUUUUCAAGAUCGCUUUGCCUCGUUAAAUUGGUUUUAGCCGAGGUGAGGACACGCCCAUUCUUCGGGAUGCAAUUUUCGCACAUAUUGAACGCGCUACUCCACACACUAUGUGUAGAAUGCCUCGCUGCGGUUUCAAAUUUUGUGCGAAACAUUUCACCCCCUCUGAGAGCGUUCCCAUAGCAACAAGGCCACUUUACAUGAAUUGGUUUUGAAAUCCACUUUCGGCUGAUCAAAUGGGAACGCGAGCAAAGCGAUCUUCCAAUUUGGUUUCCUGGACCGAUUUCCAGUAACUAGUUUUUGAAAGUAUAAUGAGAACUGGUUUUAUGAGAAUCAGAGUGUUCAGCAGUUAAAGACAAACGUGAAUGGUACAUAUUUGUAAUUUUGUAUGGUUAUAUUUCAAGCUGUCCAUCAUUUGAUUCUUUUGGUUUAUUGAUUAGAUAUGAUAUUGGUAGCUAAUUUAGGACAUCAUGAUAAUACCAUAUUUAAUAAUCUUUCCAAAAUAAUGUUUAACAAUUUGAUGAUCACUCUACUCACAUCAGAGAAAGUUGAUGUUUCUUUGAUCUAUUCUUAUAUUGUGAAAUAUUCGUUUUUACCUUAAUUUUUUAGACACAAUACUGUACUUAAGGAUUUGAGAUAUGCUGAAUUGUAAGCUAGUUUGAUCAGAGAUUGUCUAACAUUUUCAUUGGUUAAUAUAUAUAUACCUUGUAUAGUGUCUAUGGUAUCUUUGAAAUUUCAUCAGUGGAUGAAAAAUAACAUCAUGUGAUGAAUGGUGGCUUUCAGCAAUGCACUAAACAUUGUGAUACCGGUAGUCAUAUUUUUUUAUUGACAAAUGAUGUUUAAUAACAUGCCUAGAUAACACUCUGCCUAAUAUUUCUCAUUGUUUUAUAUAAAAGGCUUGUUAGGAGAGAAAAAGAAAGGCUCAAUAUUUGCUCCGACAUCUGGAAGAAUUUGCUUAUUAUAUUAAUGCUUGUCAGAAUUUGAUUGACAUGAAAGUACUCAUAUUUUUGUGGUUAUGUAUAUGAAAUUUAAUGAAAGCGCACUUUUACCAUAACCAUCUUUCAUUGAAAUGCAAAUACAAAUGUGAAAUUGUUAUUUUUUUGUUUUUCAUCACAAUUAUCCGAUGAUUUUUUUACAUGAUAUACUGUAUUAUAAAAAUAAAGAAAUGUAUUAUAUGCAAACAUAUAGUAAAGCUUAAGUAAAACAGGAAAAUGUCUUGUAUUUUUAUGAAAUGAAUAUAUCAGAUAUGUAAAGUAAGAUACGUUUAUUGAUUUCAUCAUUGCAUUUGUAUAAUUGUAAUCUUUUUCAUUGAAUUAUAUUAAUCUAAGGUCGGUAGUAUGUGGUAUACUGUGUAAAAUACAUGUGACUAUACAUGUCAAUGUGUUGUGUAUAAUUUCUUUAAAAAGCUUAAAUCGAAAAUGUACUAAAAACUUAUUGUUUUAAGCCAGAAAUAAAGUAUAUAUAUGAAAUUUG